UAUAGUCGGUGCGGGCGCAUCAUCUCGAGCGAGCGAGCCGAUUUGUACGAAUUCAUUGCAUGUAAUGUGCUUUUUGCUGUCAGCGCGAUGUUAGUGGUAUAUAUCAGGCCUAGGAGACGACACGCGCUGCAAACGAUGCAGUUGGCUGCGAGAAUAAGUCUAAUU